AAUUCUGGUUAUUCCAGAACUGCAGACUUCCUACCGACUUGUUGCGAACAUGGCUAAACAAACUUCAGAGGGUCCUAAGAAAGUUCUCAUCGCAAUGGACGGCAGCGAGAAUGCUGAGUAUGCAUUUAACUGGUACAUGAACUUCUGUCACAAGGGAGGUAACCAUGUUGUCCUUUGCCAUGUAGCUGACUACAAAGGACUCGUGCACACACCUGUGAUGUCUCUGGACUCGACCUUGGUGAUGAGAAUGAUCUCGGAAGAGGAGAAUCGCAUCAAGCUUCUACUGGCCAAGUUUACGGAGAUGAUUAAACGAUCUAUGGUGGACGGACAAGUGAUCCGGGCUGUUGGGGAACCAGGCGAGGCAGUCGUGCGGACAGCUAAGGAACAGGAAGUUGAUUAUAUCGUGACCGGAAGUCGUGGUCUGGGUACCUUGCGACGGACAUUCCUGGGAAGUACGAGCGAUUAUAUUCUUCAUCAUUCACACAUUCCAGUAAUGAUCGUUCAGGUCCCGAGUACUGAUCAUUGAUGUUAUAAUCAACGUAUGAGCGGCACCAAAGUUCGGAUCAUUUAAAUAGCAGCUGGAGGAGUGUUAUAAUUGUAUGGAAGUGAAUAUGAAAAUAAAGCAUU